AUGAGUGUGAAUGGAACCAGCUUCCACGUGUUUGAUCAGGGCCGAUUCUCUAAAGAAGUUCUGCCGAAGUUCUUCAAGCACAACAACAUGGCCAGCUUCAUCCGGCAGCUCAACAUGUAUGGUUUCCGUAAGGUUGUGCACAUCGAGCAGGGCGGUUUGGUGAAACCAGAAAAAGACGACACAGAGUUCCAGCAUCCGUUCUUCAUCAGAGGACAAGAACACCUUCUGGAAAACAUCAAACGGAAAGUCACUAAUGUCUCGUCAGUCCGUCACGACGACGUGAAAAUCUGUGCUGAUGAAGUGAGCAAAAUCCUGACCGACGUCCAGAAUAUGAAAGGAAAACAAGAAACAAUCGACUCCAGGAUUGUCGCCAUGAAACAGUAAGAAACAAAAACAAAAACUCACG